AUGAAUUUGGCAGAUUCAACCCCAGCUGUGAGCAAAUUGCUUGCCUCCGAAGCCGAUUCUCAAAGAACUCUGUAUCCAUAUGUUACUGGUACCUCAGUGGUUGGCAUCAAGUAUAAAGAUGGCAUUCUCUUGGCUGCAGAUAUGGGAGGUUCAUAUGGGUCGACCUUGCGUUACAAAACCGUGGAGCGAUUGAAGCCUGUAGGAAGGCACUCUAUUAUAGGUGCCAGUGGUGAAAUAAGCGAUUUUCAGGAGAUAAUGCGCUAUCUUGAUGAGCUUAUCUUAUAUGAUAACAUGUGGGACGAUGGAAACUCACUUGGCCCUAAGGAGGUCCAUAACUACCUGACAAGGGUGAUGUACAACCGUCGUAAUAAGUUCAACCCACUUUGGAACUCACUUGUGCUUGGGGGAAUUAAAAACGGGCAGAAGUAUCUUGGGACGGUUAGCAUGAUUGGUGUGCACUAUGAGGACAACCAUUUGGCUACUGGAUUUGGUAAUCACCUUGCUCGGCCCAUUCUGCGUGAUGAAUGGAAUGAGAACUUGACAUAUGAAGAGGGUGUAAAAUUACUGGAGAAAUGCAUGCGUGUGCUCCUUUAUCGUGAUAGAUCGGCUGUUAACAAACUUCAGAUUGCAAAAAUCACUGAGGAAGGUGUUACAAUUUCUAAGCCGUAUGCAUUGAAGACUUUCUGGGAUUUCAAUGCUUUCAAGAAUCCCACCGCAGGUGCUGAGGGUUCGUGGUAG